AUGUCUCAACUCAUAGCCCGCGCCUAUAAAUUCUGGAACUAUGUUCCUUCCCUGCCGGCAGCAGUUAUAUUUAUGCUGGGCUUCCUUGCUCUGACGGGUCUUCAUACCUGGAAAAUGAUCAAGACCAAGACAUGGUUCUGCAUUCCCUUCACCAUAGGCGGAAUCUUUGAAUGUAUCGGUUAUCUCGGUCGCUGUAUAGCACAUGGUAAUACUACAACUAUGGGUCCUUAUAUCCUUACCAAUAUGUUCACUCUCCUUGGUCCGACGCUCUUUGCCGCCACCAUCUAUAUGACCCUCGGCCGCCUCAUCAGAGCCAUUCAUGCAGAACGCCUGUCAGUCAUUAAGAUCACCCGGCUUACAAAGUUAUUUGUUUGGGGCGAUGUGAUCUCUUUUCUCGUUCAGGGCAAUUCCUCCACUCUCUCUGUUCUAGGAUACCCUGGCUGGGCCAAGGUCGUCGUGAUCAUUGGUCUCGCGAUCCAGCUCAUCUCGUUCUCGAUCUUUUGGAUAACUUCCUUCGUAUUGGAACGAAGGAUCCGUCGCUCUCCUACUCUUGAGUCUCUUCACACUACUGUGCCAUGGAAGAAAUUUCUCUACAUGCUGUAUGCUGUCAGUACGCUGAUCAUCAUCCGUUCUGCUUUUCGGGUGGUUGAGUAUGUUUUGGGUGAUACUGGGUACCCGCUCGAACAUGAAUGGACUCUGUAUAUCUUUGAUACAGUUCCUAUGUUUGUUGUGAUGGGUUUAUUUUAUAUGUGGUACCCUGAUAUGCUGAAGCCUUGUAUGCAGGAUGGAGAAGCUUUACCUUUUGUACAUCCUUAUAGUUCGCUGCAUGAGCCAUCUAAAUAA